AUGGCGGUCCCUGUCAUGGUCGACUUCGACCUGGCUGAUCGACCUCAUAAGCGCAAAAUACCAGCUACGAUGGAGCUCCCACGACAAACAGCAGAUGGCAACGUUGAAAUUGCAACAACGCAGCUACCGGUCGACCCUCUGGAAGGGUUUGUGAAGAUACGUGACAAGGUGCAUUUGUAUACACCAACAGAGACUACGGCAUCCGCCCCAAACGAUCCGGGGUUUAUUAUAAUAUGUUCGUGGGCUUUCGCUAGACCUCGACACAUAAGCAAGUACCUCAAGGGGUACCAAGGGGUAUAUCCCAACAGCCAGAUACUGUUAGUUCAGCAAGAAAUUGACAACAUGCUCUUCCGGAGGGACGCCGCGCAGAGGCCCAUGUUCGACCCAGCAGCGAAGGCUAUCCACGAGUAUGUGGAAAGCGUAGCCGACAGAACGCCCCGAAUACUCUUGCAGACCUAUUCCAACGGCGGAUCUCACGGCGCUGUCCAACUCGCCGAAUGUUACAAGAAUCUCUUCGGCCAAGAUCUGCCGAUAUCAGCAAUAGUCAUGGACAGCACCCCAGGCAAACCACAUUACAACGAAACGAUUUCAGCUCUUCAAACCAGCCUGCCCAAGUCUUGGUUCUCCUACCUUGUAGGAAGUGCAAUGAUACAUGCUGCCAUCUCAUCAACAAUCGUGAUCGACCGCCUUGGCAUCGCCGAGCUUGCCACAUACAAGCUAUAUCGUGUACUGAACGACCCAGAAGGAGCAUUUCUCAAGUCGCACAUCCCCAGAACAUACAUACAUUCUCAGAAGGAUGUUAUGAUUCUGUCCCGCGACGUCGAAGCCCAUGCCGAAUUUGCUAGGGCGCUGAUGGCUGAGAAGGGCGCUUCAGGAGAGAUGGUGACGGUCGAAGAAUUCAUUGACACGCCUCACGUCUUCCACAUGGCUUCUGAUCCGGAGCGAUACUGGAGCAUCAUUAGAAGCACUUGGGCGAAAGCUCAGCAUUGA